AUGUAUCGAGGCAAGAUCACAGAUAGUCUGUUGUUAGUUGCUAUGUAUCGAUACAAGAACAUAGAUAGUCUGUUGUUAGUUGCUAUGUAUCGAUACGAGAACAUAGAUAGUCAGUUGUUAGCUGCUAUAUAUCGAGUCGAGAACAUAGAUAGCCUGUUGUUAGCUGCUAUAUAUCGAGACGAGAAUAUAGAUAGUCUGUUGUUAGAUGUUAUUUAUCGAGACGAGAACAUUGAUAGUAUGUUAUUAGUUGCUAUGUAUCGAGGCAAGAUCACAGAUAGUCUGUUGUUAGUUGCUAUGUAUCGAUACAAGAACAUAGAUAGUCUGUUGUUAGUUGCUAUGUAUCGAUACGAGAACAUAGAUAGUCAGUUGUUAGCUGCUAUAUAUCGAGUCGAGAACAUCGAUAGCCUGUUGUUAGCUGCUAUGUGUCGAGACGAGAACAUAGAUAGUCUGUUGUUAGAUGCUAUGUGUCGAGACGAGAACAUAGAUAGUCUGUUGUUACAUGCUAUGUAUCAAGUCGAGAACAUAGAUAGUCUGUUGUUAGUUGCUAUAUAUCAAGUCGAGAAGAUAGAUAGUAUGUUGUUAGCUGCUAUGUAUCGAUACGAGAACAUAGAUAGUCUGUUGUUAGCUGUUAUGUAUCAAGUCGAGAACAUAGAUAGUCUGUUGUUAGCUGCUUUGUGUCGAGACGAGAACAUAGAUAGUCUGUUGUUAGCUGCUAUGUGUCGAGUCGAGAACAUUGAUAGUAUGUUGUUAGUUGCUAUGUAUCAAGUCGAGAACAUAGAUAGUCUGUUGUUAGUUGCUAUAUUUAUCGAGAACAGAACAUAG